AAUAAUAAUAUGGGGGCUGAAACAUUUGUUGAGAUUAUACUUGCAAUCAUCCUGCCUCCUGUCGGCGUUUUUCUUCGAUAUGGUUGUGGUAUAGAGUUUUGGAUAUGCUUAUUGCUGACGAUAUUGGGGUACCUACCGGGAAUUAUAUACGCAAUUUAUGUUUUGGUUGUGUAGCGAAUUCGUAUUCAUUAAUUAAUU